UUAGGUAUGGUAGUCGACCUUAAGAGCUGUCAGCCGGCGUGGUCACGUGACUUACCUCCUCCGUCAGGCACAAGACACCAUGGCUGCUCCUCAACCACCACAAGUCUGCCGCGGCAUUGUUAAACAGGUAUUGUCUGGCGAUGCUGUUAUCGUUCGUGGGCAGCCGAAAGGAGGUCCGCCCCCAGAGAGACAAAUAAAUUUCUCCAAUGUUGUUGCUCCGCGUACGGCUCGAAGGGCGACAGCGAAUGCCCCCGAGACAGUAGACGAACCCUAUGGCUGGGAGAGCAGAGAGCAUUUACGGAAGAAGGUUAUUGGCAAGGAGGUUCUUUUUACUGUUGAGACCAAGACGCCCACUGGAAGAGAGUAUGGUGCUAUUUACCUGGGAAAAGAUGUAGCAACUGGGGAGAACGUAACAGAGACUAUGGUUGCUGACGGUCUCGUUUCUGUGAGACGAGAAAGCAUCAGAGGGGAGUCUCGGCUUGUGGAUCUUGAAGAGGCUGCCAGGACCCAAAGCAAGGGUAAAUGGGCAGGCAGUGAUGCAAAACACGUCCGCAAUGUGAAGUGGACGUGUGAAAACAUGCGUUCGUUUGUGGACAAGGCCAGAGGAAAGCCUAUUGAUGCCAUCGUUGAGCACGUCCGUGAUGGUUCCACAAUUCGUUGCUUCCUCCUCCCAGAUUUCCACUACAUCACCCUCAUGAUAUCAGGGAUUAGGUGUCCCAUGAACAAGCUGGACUCCGAGGGUAAGCCAGACAAGUCAAACAGUGAGCCAUUUGCUGACGAGGCGCGCUUCUACACGGAGUCUAGAUUGUUGCAGCGAGAUAUCCAGGUUAUUUUGGAAACUUUCAACAAUAACAACUUUGUCGGCUCCAUCAUUCAUCCGAAUGGAAAUAUUGCCGAGGCUUUAUUACGUGAGGGUUUUGCGAGGUGCGUCGAUUGGUCCAUAGCGACGGUCACGGGAGGACCAGAAAAGCUGCGAAGCUCGGAAAAACAAGCAAAAGAGAAGCAGCUCCGACUUUGGACAGACUACAAACCCACAAGCCUGUCGAUAGCUGACAAAGACAAGGAAUUCACCGGUAAAGUAGUGGAAGUUGUCAACGGUGAUGCUCUUGUGGUGAAGCGUCAAGAUGGGACAAAUAAGAAGAUAUUCUUGUCUAGUGUGAGGCCUCCCAGACUUCCAGAUUCAGAAACUCCUCGACCUCCAGGAAAGAACUUCCGUCCUCUCUACGACAUUCCUUGGUUGUUUGAGGCACGAGAGUUCCUGCGCAAGAAGCUCAUCGGGCAGAAAGUUCAGGCCACAGUUGACUACAUCCAACCUGCUCAAAAUAACUUCCCAGAAAAGACAUGUUGUACUGUGAGAAUUGGAGACGUUAAUGUGGGAGAGGCAAUGGUGAGCAAAGGCUAUGCAACAGUCAUCAGAUACAGACAAGACGAUGACCAGCGUGCCAGCUGUUACGACGACUUGCUAUCUGCAGAAGCUAAGGCAAUCAAAUCUUUGAAGGGCAUCCACAACAAAAAGGAAACCCCUAUUCACAGAGUUGCAGACAUCUCUAGUGACGUAGGGAAAGCAAAGGGUUUCCUACCGUUCCUUCAGCGUGCCGGACGUACCGAAGGAGUAGUGGAGUUCGUGGCAUCGGGAUCCCGGGUGCGUCUGUUCAUCCCCCGUGAGACUUGCCUCAUCACAUUCCUUCUGGGAGGCAUCAGCUGCCCACGAGCCACAAGACCAGCUCCUGGGGGAGUUGGAGGCACACUUCCUGGUGAACCAUAUGGGGAGGAGGCGCUGGCUCUGACCAAGAGUCUGGUGCUGCAGCGAGAAGUUGAGAUUGAGGUCGACUCUAUGGACAAAGGAGGAAACUUCAUUGGGUGGCUGCACGUAGACAACAAGAACCUCUCCGUACUCCUGGUCGAAGAGGGUCUGAGUACCGUUCACUUCACCGCCGAGUCAUCCAAGUUCUACCACUUGCUCACCACGGCACAAGAGUCCGCUAAAGAGAAGAAACUCAACGUUUGGGCAAAUUUCGUCGAGGAAGAAAAAGACGAGAAGGUUGAGGACACCGUAAGUGAACGCAAAGUGGACUACAAACCCAUGUUGAUCACUGUAGUAAGCCGAGAAGGAACUUUGUUUGGUCAGUACUGCUCAGAUGGACCUGCUCUUGAACAGAUGAUGGAGAACCUAAGGUCAGAAUUUGCCAACAAGCCGCCACUAGGUGGAGCCUACAAUCCCAAGAGAGGUGACCUUUGUGCUGCUCAGUUUGUUGAUGGUCUCUGGUACCGUGCCAAGGUGGAGAAAGUCACCGGAAGCAACGUGUCGGUACGCUAUAUCGACUAUGGCAACAAAGAAGUGACCCAAGCAGUCAAAUGUGCUUCACUUCCUGCCAGUUUCUCUUCCCCAGGUGCUUAUGCACAUGAAUUACACUUGGCCUUGGUGAAGCUCAGCAAAGAUGACGAUUACAUCGAAGAUGCCCUGACGUUGCUUAUGAGCGAAACAAUGGAGCAAGAGGUACUGGUCAACCGAGAAUACCGUAAUCAAGGUCAAGAUUUCGUGAACAUUCAACGAGCGGACACCAAAGCUGACGUGGCUCGUACACUCCUCGUGAAUGGGUUGUUGCUGCUUGAUGAACGCAAAGACAAGAGAUUCCAGUCCUUGGUGAGUGACUACCGCAGUGCCCAAGAAGAAGCCAAGAGGAAACACCUGAACAUCUGGCAAUACGGCGACGUUACGGAUGACGAUGCCCACGAGUUUGGAAUGGAGCGGUAAAGAGGGCUGUGGUCUGCACGGUAUUAAUGCAGACGUACAGUACUUGACGUAUGGAGCAAGUGGUGACAGUGGGAGUUGAGGGUAACGUUUUGUAUCGGGUGACACAUCAGCAACUUGAAAUGACAGUAGCGGUUGACGUCAGUAUAUACAUUAUUGUAUAAGGACAUCAAGCAAGCUUUUGGGUGAUAAAAGACCUCUACACUUUAAGUUGCAUUUUCUAUAAAUGCACCGAGUAGUGUGUCACUAAACAUUACACAACACAACAAACUGUUUACCUAACUGUGUGUUUUGGUGAAGGUUGUCUUCAAUGUUUCCCUGUUGCCACGGUCACUUGUGUAUUUGUAGUAUACUUUGAACUUUUGUCAUUGAGAGCAUUGUGUACACUGUCCUCAGUUGAAUGUGACUGCCAGAGAUGUUCAGUAGUGAUAUGUUUUUCCUUCUAUACUGAAUAUUAUCGAGAGAUCAGUGUAUAAGCGUAAAACCUAUUGUUUAUUUUCUAAAGCUAUUUGGCUCUUUUUGUGAGGUACCAGUGUUUUGUUUCCUCAAGGUGUGUGUCAUAGUCCAGUAGCUUGAUAAGUUUACUUGGUGUCUCCUCAACCUCAGCCCCUAAACUCUGGUAGUGAAAGAUUCGGCUGAAGGUAUGACUUGAAAAUGCAAUGGAGCUUUAAGCAUCCAUUGCUCUUGCAUACACAGGUUGUUUAUUGAAUCCUACCUUAGUAUUUUCUAUGAUGGACUGAACUCUUCAACUCGUAGAGUUCAAUCACAAAUUGAAUUUUAUUUAUUUUUAUUUUUUAUUAGUAUUUUGGAAUAUUUUUUUCAAAGCAUGUAUGAAGGCUGCAAUUUCUAUAAAUUUAUACAUUUCCAGAUAGGAAGGAACUAAGAUGCUAUUUUAGCAUCAUGUAAGACAUUUUUAGUCUAUAACUAUGACUAGUAAGUUGUAAUUAGUAUAUUUUGCAGAGAUUAUAUGCAGAUUAAUGGGUACCAAUAUUCUUCUACGUUUGAAGAUGUACAUAUGAAAGUUAUGACUAGAGUAUUACAUCCAUUGACAUUAUCAUUGUCUACAGUUUUUGUCCAUGUCCAGUGACUUCUACACCACUUUUAUAUGAUUCAAAAGUUUAUUUUUUGAAAUUGUUGUUAUUUAAAUCCAGUUGUUUUAAGGUUAGAAGGAAGGGACACCAUGGGUGAUUUUGAGAAUUAAUAUAAAUGUCUUCUACUGUA